AUGAUCCCUUUGUGGUGCAAACACCCAGUCACACCCACAGCUGGAAGCCCCGCCUCACCCCCAGCCCCAGCACCCGCCGUUCCAGCUCCUCCUCCUGCACCUCCAGAGGAGCCGAAGGAGGAGGAGGAGGGCAAAGCGCCCUCUGGUGGCCCUGGGCAGGAGGAGCACACUAGGGCUGGGCUCUGCUGCAAGGUGACCGCUCCUCGAAGGCUACGAUCCCUGCUACAGUACCGCCUCCCUGCUAGCAUCGACCCCUUCACCAACCUGGUGUACGUGCUGUGGCUGUUCUUCGUGACCUUGGCCUGGAACUGGAAUGUCUGGCUGAUCCCGGUGCGCUGUGCGUUCCCAUACCAGACUCCCGGUAACAUCCACAUGUGGCUGACCAUGGACUACCUGUGUGACCUGCUCUACAUCCUGGACAUGCUUCUCUUUAAGCCGCGGUUGCAGUUCAUCCGCGGCGGGGACAUUGUGUGUGACCAGAAGGACAUGAGAAAGAAUUACAUGAAGACCACGAGAUUCAAGUUGGAUGUGGCCAGUCUUCUUCCCCUAGAGUUGUUCUACUUCAAAAUAGGGAUAAACCCUAUCCUCCGUGUCCCACGCCUACUAAAGAUCAUGUCUUUCUUCGAGUUCAACGAGCGUCUGGAGGCUAUCCUGACCAAAGCCUAUAUCUACAGAGUGAUCCGGACAACCAGCUACCUGCUGUUCUGCCUGCACUGUAACGCCUGUCUGUACUACUGGGUGUCUGACUACGAGGGCCUGGGUUCCACUAAGUGGGUUUACAAUGGCGAGGGAAACAGCUAUAUCCGUUGCUACUACUAUGCUGUGAAGACCUUGAUCACCAUCGGCGGUCUUCCGGAUCCAACCACUCUGUCAGAGAUCAUCUUCCAGCUCAUCAACUACUUUGUUGGAGUGUUUGCCUUCUCCAUCAUGAUUGGACAGAUGCGUGACGUGGUUGGUGCCGCGACGGCGGGAAAGACGCACUACCGUGCCUGCAUGGACAACACCGUGAAAUACAUGGCCUCAUACCGGAUCCCCAGAGAGGUGCAGAACCGUGUGAAGACAUGGUAUAACUACACCUGGCAGUCCCAAGGCAUGCUGGAUGAACAGGAGCUUCUGUCACAGCUGCCAGAUAAGAUGCGUCUGGACAUUGCGGUGGACGUCAACUACUCCAUCGUUAGUAAGGUGGCUCUCUUCCAGGGUUGUGACAGACAGAUGAUCUUUGACAUGCUGAAAAGACUUAGAUCUGUUGUCUACCUGCCUGGGGAUUAUGUCUGCAAAAAGGGGGAGGUGGGCCGAGAGAUGUACAUCAUUAAAGCAGGAGAGGUGCAGGUGGUGGGGGGGCCAGAUGGAAGGACUGUGUUCGUCACACUCAGGGCGGGGUCCGUGUUCGGAGAGAUCAGUUUGCUGGCGAUUGGUGGUGGAAACAGGCGAACAGCCAAUGUGAUUGCUCACGGCUUUGCUAACCUUUUCAUCCUGGACAAGAAGGACCUGAACGAUAUUCUGGUUCACUACCCAGAAUCCCAAAAGCUUCUCAGGAGGAAGGCCCGUAAAAUGCUGACCAAGGACAAAAAGCCAGCCGAAGCAAAGCCAGAAGCUAAAGUCUCCCUCCCCCCGCCCCGGGCAGGGACCCCUAAGCUGCUGAAAGCUGCUCUGGAGAUGACAGGGAAGUCUGGCUUCAGAGGAACCCUGGCCAAGAUGAAGGAAAGGGCCAACAAGUCCAUCUCACCGCAGCCCUCCAUCUCCACCUCCCUGCCCACCCCCUCUCCCAUCUCCACCCUCGCCCCUGAGCCUGACCGCCCCCCUGCGACCCCCUCCCUGAACUCCAACAGCUCCAUGAUGCUUGGCACCCAGGGAGAUGACACUUUAUCCUCGGACAAGGACCCAGAAGACACAGAGCAUGAAGAAGGGAGGGAUGAGGCAGCAAAAGGAGGGAAGAAGAGAGAAAAGAAGAAGAUAUGAGUAAAAUAUUUUAAGGGGUUGGUGGUUCAAUCCCACUCUCUCAAAUUCAAUUACAUUAUUACAUCUGGGCAGUGAGAUAGAAGGCUGGAGCACUGGAUGAGUUCUAAAUCCCGAUCCGAAAUAACAUCUAAUACUUCCUGCAUAUUUUUGUUUUGUUCCAUCUGCUUGGUUGGUCUUGUGGGCUUUACAGGAAGUAACGAGAUGACAUCAUGACGACAUUUGGCAACAAAAUAAUACGAAUUAUCCAAAGACUGACACUUCCACUUAAACCUUUCCUUAAAUACCUGCAAAAUCCUACUUUAUUGUAGUCCUCUCCACACUUCUGUUAUGAAAAUUACCAGGAGAGGAGGGAAAAAUGCUCUUCCUCCUUAUCACUAGUGAUGUAUUUGCUGCUACACGCUCUCUAUUUCUGUUUACUCCAAGAGUUUAAAACAAAACAAUUUAGCAAUAAUUUCAAUUGUAUUUCGUUCGGAUAAGAUUGCACAGGAUCGAGGUGUUUGUGUCUGUAUGUGUGUACGUAUAUCUGUGUUAGUUAUCAGGUCUGCUGCGGUUCUGUCUGUGAAUCAACUGCCUUCUCCUGAACCCUGAACCAUGGAGCUUUCUUUCGUUUACUAGCGAGAGGAUCAAGCCAUCAUUCCUUAGACGGGCAUAUUGGAGAAUAUGAUGACAAAAAAGUCAGGUUUUUAUUUCCUCAGUAUGAGGAAUGAUUUUUCUGAUGUGCAUAAUAGAUGUUUACAGCAAUUUUGUAAAGAUGUAAAACAAAACUUGCCUUAUUUUUUCAUGAAUCUUGUGUUGUCGAUAUCUUCAUAAAUUUGUCUUGGAUUUUUUAAUUUAAGAGCUUUUUUGAAUAGAUUAUUUGUUAUGGAAAUAUUUUGGAAAUGUAUCUAUUUGUAUGCAGACAGGGGAUUGUCCUGCUUAAAAACCACUAGAAUCACUAGAAUCUGAAUAAACUGUUCAUGACAAUGUAAAAAUACAUGUAGAGCUGGCAGCUUCCCAACAAACUAAAUAUUGAAUUUUCAAUAUUGGACCUUCAUUUGUACAUUUACCUACAUUCUUACUGACCAUAAGAAAAAAUCCCUAUCUUUGUUGUUGAUUUAUGAUAAAUUAUAUGAAAAUAGGUUAUGUUACUGACGAUUUUAAUGAGUCUAUUACGUUUUGUUUCACUAUAUUUGUAAGUACUGUUUGAUAGUAAUUAUGUAUUUGAAAGUAAUUUAUUAGGAACCAAUAGACCUAUGACUUUUAUAGUUGUUGUACAGAUAUAUAUAUUCUCAGAAAUAAUAGGAUAUAAUAAUCAGCCACGGAAACUGCCAGAUAGUAGGUUCAAGCAAAACGUUGUUGUUUUAGGGGAGGAAUGCUAAUUUGGAGUGUGUAUUAAGUGACAUAAAAUGCAAAGACUUUUAAUAAGAUGCCCUUGCUUUUUACACUUUACUCAUCUGCAAAAAUGUAAGUCACUAAAUAAAUGUUUUGUCUGUGUGUGGAAUC